CAGGAGGCUGCUAUUGAUGUUAUUGUUGUUGUUGUUGUUGCAAUGAGAAGUUGAAAGUAUUGAAGAGACAGGAUGAGAGAUAUAGAUAGAUAGUGAGGGAAAGAGAAGUAGAAGUGUUCGAAUAAUAAUCGGACUUUUUGUUUUUUUAAUCUUAUUUUAAUCUCUCUGUUCCUCUUUCAUCUUCUCUCUCUGCUUGCCCUUUAUCUCCUCCCUCAUAUUUUUUUUUCUUUUCUCUUUUCUAUUACAGGAUGAUGACACUUCUCCGUUCCUCAAUAUCUUCUUGUGUUGCUAAAUGGAUACGUUAUUCACAAACGACUUCAGCAAUAUUAGGCGAACCAUCACAACCCAAUGUAUGUGGUAUCUUUCCAGGUCCAAAAUCAAAACGGAUGCAGAUUGAAAUGGACUUAAAUCAUCAAGCAGCUUCGGUGAAAUGUUUCAUUGAUUAUGAGAAAUCGAAAGGAAAUUAUUUCGUUGAUGCGGAUGGAAAUGUCCUUCUUGAUGUGUAUAUGCAAAUUUCUUCAUUGGUGCUUGGGUACAAUCAUCCAGAUUUGGUCCGAGCUGUUUCAGAUCCCCGCUUUGUGGCAACAGCAGUAAGCAGGCCAGCACUGGGAUCGUUUCCACCCACUUUUUUUGUAGAUGCUCUGAAGAAUUCGCUGAGUUCGAUAGCACCGAAAGGGUGUCAUGGAGUACAAAAUGUAUUGUGUGGGACAUCAUCCAACGAGAAUGCAAUCAAGGCAGCGUUUAUGUGGUAUCAAGCGCAGAAACGUGGUGGCAUUCCUCCAACCAAAGAGGAUCUUGAUUCAUGUAUGAAGCACGAAUUACCUGGAACACCAAAUUUGUCCGUCUUGUCAUUUGUUGGGUCAUUUCAUGGUCGCUCAUUAACCGCGCUAUCAAUAACUCAUUCCAAAGCAAUUCAUAAGGUCGAUUUACCGGCUUUUCGAUGGCCUGUUGCUGAAUUUCCAUGCUAUAAAUAUCCGCUUGAAAAGAAUGUUUCUUAUAAUGAGCAACAAGAUCAAAAAUGUCUUGCGAAUGUAGAACAAUUAAUAAAAAAGUGGAAGGAAAUGAAGCACGAUGUAGCUGCUGUGAUUGUCGAACCAAUUCAGGGUGAAGGUGGUGAUAAUCAUGGCUCUCCGGCCUUUUUUCAAGGUCUUCGCGAUAUAACGGCAAAGCAUGGCGUUGUUUUUAUUGUUGAUGAAGUUCAAACUGGUGGAGGUGGGACGGGAACGUUCUGGGCACAUGAUUCAUGGAAUCUAAGCAGUCCACCAGAUAUUGUUGUUUUUGCGAAAAAAUUGAUGGUUGCUGGUUAUUUCUAUGCGGAUCACCUCAAGAUGAAAGAGCCAUAUAGAAUUUAUAAUACAUGGCUUGGUGAUCCGACAAAGGUAAUUCUGCUGGAAAAGGCAUUACAAGUCAUAAGAAGAGAUAAUUUACUGGAACAAAUGCGAAAAAUUGGAAAAGCAUUGCACAGUGAACUGCGGAAAAUCGAAGGUACCAACAAUUCGGUGAUGCGAAAUGUAAGAGGUCUUGGAACAUUUUGCGCGUUUGAUAUGCCUGACACAGCUACUCGCGACAAAUUUUUAGAAAUAGCUGGGAACAACGGAUUACUUCUUGGUGGUUGUGGAAAAGCCACAGUUCGAUUUAGACCAUCACUUAUUUUUGGUGAAAAACACCUCGAAAUAACAUUGGAUAUUAUUACUAAAUCAUUGUCGGAAUUGUAA